GCUACUUGAAAUGCAUGUGCGUGAGGUAAAGGACCAGAUCCACCGUCGCCAUGCCAGCUAACAGUGGCCUCGGCCCGAGCGCUUGCGAGCUUGAAACCAUCCCAGUUUGUUUUGCUCCGUCCGAACCUGCUGCUGAAUCGCUGCCUGGAUGUCAGCAAUGAAGAAAAGAGAGGAGAUCCAUCUCUAGUAUAUUCUAGUGCGUUUCUUUCGCCGUGUUUCGUUUUUGGUUGCAGGAGUGAGUCAUCUCGUCAGCGUGCUGUGAGUGCCUUCGGUCUGCACGUGCUGCCCUAUGCCGUCGGCGCCGCCGCGUAUGUAUACUUCCGGGAGAGAUCUCUUGUGGGCGAUGAACAGUUAGCACAGCACUGCAUCGUGGCAUGGUCAGACGGUCGACCACCAAGGGCAAGGGCAGCUCAGGUGAGGAGUGCAUAGUGUGCGUCGGUGUGUGUCUGCAGCCGUCGAGUGCACAGCUCAUCAGAGGAUAACGAGGUCAGCAAUAGAAAUGCAUGAUACACUCGACCGUCAGUCCGUCUAACUGUCUGUGUGUGUCUGUCUGCCUUUGUGCCCCAUUGCAGAGAGUGUCAUCGUUCCUCGACCGCUUCAAGGCCUUCGCGCUGGCCUCCAACGGCUUCUUUCGCUCAUCCCUCUUCGCAUCAGACAGGCAGCCCCUCACCCCUUCCCCCCGCCCCGCAGAAGCAGACACUACGACAGACAGCCAACCGGACACACAAGAGCACCAGCCGGCGUCCUCUCACCCUGUCGAAUGGCUCUAUAUGGAGGAGUGGAUGUCGCCUCGGGCGGCCAAAGCAGCCAUCGAGAGCGACGCGUACAGGCAGCUGCAGGGUGAGGCCGCUAAAGGGGGGCUGCAGGGGCGGCCGGCGAUAUACCUGCCUGUGUUGGCGUGUCUGUCUGAGCGUGUGAUGGGGGCGAGGAAGGUCAGGGAGGCGCGGGAGAGCAUUUGGAAGGCAUUAUUUACUUAAGAGAGGAGGGUGGAUGAGUUGGCACGGCUGAAG